UCUGCUCCGGGCUGUGUUUUCGCAGAGUUCACCGUUCUUCCCCCGCCCCGCGGGGCUCCGGCCCGAGUAUGGAGAAGUACGAGGAGGACAUGGCACUGAAGGCCACCAAGUUCAUGGAGGAUCUGUCCCUCUACGAGCCCUGCCCGGAGGGUCUCUACAGCCGGGGUGGCCGCCGGGACCUGGCGCUGCACCCCGACCUGGAGGAGACCAAGCGGGUCAUCGCCGCCCACAUGACGGCGGAGCAGCGGGGCCGGAAGAUGAACGGCACCGCCGCGCCGCCGCCUGCCGAAGCCUUCCCCGCCGCCGCCCCCUGCGGCAAAGCCUACCCGCCCGCUGCGCCGGCCGCCCCGCUCCGCGCCGCCAACGGCCGCACCGCCGACCCGCCGCCGGCCGCGGGCCCGCCGUGCUGUGAGGAGGGGCUGUGCACCCGCUCCGAGGUGGCGCUGCCUUGCUACAGCGGCUUCGCCGACAAGGGCAAGCGCUACUCGGCCGAGGGCUACCGCUACACUGCGGGCAGCGCCUACGAGGGCGGCGGUUACGUGGCCAAGGGUGGCGGGCGGGCGCCCGGCGGCCCGGACGGCAAGUACGGCGCCGCCAGCCCGCGGGCCAGCUUGGCCAUCUCCUCGCCGGGCCCCGCGGCCGAGCAUGGCAAGUUCUCCAGCCCGCGCUCCAGCCUGGGCGGCGCGGCGGCGCUGCCCUACGAGAAGUACUCCAGCCCCCGCUCCAGCCUAGUGGUGCCCGGCCAGGAGAAGUACGGCAGCCCCCGCGCCAGCCUGGUGCAGUACGACGGCGCGGCCCUCAGCCCCCGCUCCAGCUACGCCAGCACUGCCAGCGACACCAGCAAGCACUCCAGCCCCCGCGCCAGCCUCACGAGCUACGACGGUGGCGGCAGCAAGCCCAGCAGCAACCGCACCAGCGGCAUCAGCAUGGGCUAUGACCAGCGCCACGCCAGCCCCCGCUCCAGUACUGCCAGCCAGUACUCCUGCACCACCAGCCCCCGCUCCAGCUACUCGGACUCCAGGUACGGGCUGCCGGGCAGCGCCGAGCCGGAGGGGACGGGCGGCGCCGGGCUCGCCCUGGCCAGUCCCCGCUCCAGCCUGUGCGGCCCCGAGGGCCGCGUUGCGCCAGGCGCUGCCGUGGUUAGCCCCCGCUCCAGCAUCUCUAGCCAGAGUUCGCGCAGCUCCCGCGGCUCCAUGAGCGCCUACCCCGAGCUGCAGCUGCCCUCGCCCCGCUCCUCUCUGCUGGCGCCCGGCCUGCAGGAGGACGGUGUUGUGCCCGAGCUGGGGGACGUCUACCACAAGAUCCAUGCCCAGUCCCCGCCGCGGCACGACCAGCAGCACCCAGCCGUCGCCCCCGAGGCGGGCACCCCCUACGCCUACAGUCCGACCAAAGGCUCCGCUCCGACGUCCAAAUUCAAGCUCCCCUACCAGGUGACGCCGUGCCGGGAGAGCGGCCCCAGCCAGGCGGAGAGACGGCUGGAGGCGCUGACGCUGGAGCUGGAGAAAGAGCUGGAGAUGCACAUGAAAAAAGAGUACUUCGGUAUUUGUAUAAAAUGUGGCAAAGGUGUGUAUGGAGCGAGCCAGGCUUGCCAAGCAAUGGGCAACCUCUACCAUACCAACUGCUUCACCUGCUGCUCUUGUGGGAGAAGACUGCGAGGAAAAGCCUUCUACAAUGUCAAUGGCAAGGUGUACUGUGAAGAAGACUUCCUAUAUUCAGGUUUCCAGCAAACAGCAGACAAGUGCUUUGUGUGUGGACACCUCAUCAUGGAAAUGAUCUUGCAGGCCCUUGGGAAGUCCUAUCACCCUGGCUGCUUUCGCUGCGUGGUGUGUAACGAGUGCCUGGAUGGAGUCCCCUUCACUGUAGACGUGGAGAACAACAUUUACUGUGUCAAAGACUACCACACGGUUUUUGCACCCAAAUGCGCUUCCUGUAACCAGCCGAUCCUACCAGCACAGGGCUCUGAGGAGACCAUUCGAGUGGUGUCAAUGGACAAGGACUACCACGUGGAGUGCUAUCACUGUGAGGAUUGUGGCUUGCAGCUCAAUGAUGAGGAGGGCCACCGCUGUUACCCGUUGGAGGGGCACCUGCUCUGCCACAGCUGCCACAUCAGGCGCCUCAACAUCAAGCUGCCUUCGCACCCGCCGCCCAGCUACCCCAUGCACGUCACGGAGCUCUGAGACACUGCCAGCAGGAGAGGAGAGAGCUCACAAUGACUCUAAAGAUGAGAUUCCAGUAGUUACCACCUAAACCAGCUAUUUAUUUUUCCAAUCAGAGGUGAAGGGUCCUUUUCUGAUCGUGUACAUAAUGCUUUCUUCUCUCUAGGCAUUGCCACCGCACCGCCGUCUACUUGAACAAAUCAUCCACCACUAAACUGUAACUGUCAGUGGCAGCAUUGCUGAGAGCAGUGCUACAAAAGGGCUGUUCUGCACUCUCUGCACACUGCCCUGCAGUGGAGAUUUCACCCCAGCAAGGAGUGUAGAGUUACUUUCCAAAAGUUAGCACCUUAUCAUAUGGCAGCAAGCAUGGUAAGAUAAAUGCUAGCAUUUUAGCUAGUGGUGGUGAGUGCUGCUCUGGGAGAAUGCAGGCUCACAGGCUUUUUAAAAGUUACUUACAUUCCCAGAAGGUAGGGACUAGGGAGCAAACAAGUGACAGUUUCAGCAUGGGUCAAAUGAUGGCAUCCUGUGCACAAGCACCAAGCCAGCUUCCCAUCUACAAGGGUCCACAGCCAUCCAAAGAGUAUUUUAGCUUGUUAAAGAAAUACAGCAAGCAUCUCACUUAAACCCCACCUCACGGAGGAAAAAAUCCAAAAGAUUGGCACAUGCAGGGUCAGAGCAGCUGAAGAAAGUGACAGACCUCUGUAAUUGCUGGUGGUGUACAAAUGUAGCCAUGGUUUCAAAAUGCGUUCAUAUCGAGUUGAUGAUUUGGCACUUAGCAAAGGCUUCCUGUUUUUGUCUGACUGGGUUAGCAAAGGCACACUCAUCUUUCUACUGCUUUUACACAAGCCUCCGUUUGUUACCCACUGCUUUAUGAGUGGAUGUUGAUACACUAUUAAACCCAGAGGGAGACAGUGGAUGUACAUCCUUAGCUUUGUGUUCUUUUCUGGAUGUACUUUGAGCUGAUUAUGGUGAUUGUCUUCCUGGGGAAAACAAAGGAGAGUUGAGCAGAACUAACGGCGAGUCGGCCCCUUGCGACACUGGUGUUUUACAACAGGCAUUAGCUGUAGGUAGGAUGUACACACUUGCAGAUUGUGCAUAAGCUUUGACAGUAACCUCAGAGCUCUGGGGAAAUAUAUGUCUUCCAUAUAGGAAGUGAGAUGAAUCUUUUUUUUUUUCCCUAUGGUUUGUUUUCUACCAUGUGCUGAUGCUUUACAUGCAAAUCACAUAUCUGUAUGUUUGAGAGAGCUCCUUGCAUCCUCAGGAGAAUUGAUCCAGCCUUCCUGAAUUUAUAUUCUAAAUAAAUCUGUCGUUGCUGUCUUUAGCUGUAUCCAAAAUUACAACAAAAUGAAGAUUCUUCUGCUCCAGAGGAAGGGGGAAUGAGGGGAGCAGAUCCUCUGCAUGUGCAAAUUGGGACAUUUCUGUGCCAGUCCUCAGCACAUCAAGGACCUGCCUGAUCCUCUCGGCCACGAUCC